UCCAGUGGUCCAGCGGCUGUACACAAUGUCAUUUUUGUUCGACGUUCUUCCGGUAUUUCGCGAACGAAACGAUCCGCGCGAGUAAUGAGAAACUAGAUCAAAGUCUGAUUCGUAUCACCGACUGAUAAACGCGCGUCAGAGAUCAGAGCAGAUUUAUCAGAGCAGAUUAUGAUAAACAAAAAGGAUAGAGGAUAAAGGUGCCGUAUCCUGGAAAAGCGCGUGACGAGAAAUCCGAGGAAAGUGAAGCGCAAGAUGUUUUUGAUGAUCUCUGUUUAAAACUCUGUUAAACACACGUUAGCAAAAAAAAAUAAUGAUAUUCCCUUUAAUCAUCCUGAUCCUUUCGGUGGGGAUCUGCUAUAGCAAUCCAGAUGCUAAAAGACUUUACGAUGAUCUACUCUCAAAUUACAAUCGGCUCAUUCGACCUGUAUCCAACAAUACCGAUACUGUUAUUGUAAAACUAGGUCUCCGUCUCUCGCAGCUGAUAGAUCUCAAUUUAAAAGAUCAAAUUUUAACGACGAAUGUCUGGUUGGAACAUGAAUGGCAAGACCAUAAGUUCCAAUGGGAUCCUUCGGAAUACGGGGGUGUCACUGAACUCUACGUGCCUAGCGAACAUAUAUGGUUACCUGACAUUGUUCUUUACAACAACGCGGACGGAGAAUACGGUGUGACAACAAUGACUAAGGCUAUUUUGCAUUACACCGGCAAAGUUCUUUGGACACCUCCCGCAAUUUUUAAAUCUUCCUGCGAAAUAGAUGUUAGAUACUUUCCUUUUGACCAACAAACCUGUUUCAUGAAAUUCGGCUCAUGGACAUAUGAUGGCUUUCAAAUCGAUUUGAAGCAUAUUAAUCAAGAUGUAGGCGAUCAAGUCAAAGUAGGUAUCGAUUUACGCGAAUAUUAUCCAAGUGUCGAAUGGGACAUACUGGGUGUCCCCGCGGAACGUCAUAAAAAGUAUUAUCCUUGUUGUGUCGAACCGUAUCCUGAUAUCUUCUUCAACAUAACUUUACGUCGGAGAACAUUGUUCUAUACGGUGAAUCUUAUAGUGCCAUGCGUCAGUAUUUCUUAUCUAUCGGUGUUGGCUUUCUAUUUACCAGCCGAUUCCGGAGAAAAGAUCGCGCUCUGUAUUAAUAUCCUACUAUCACAGACCAUGUUUUUCCUAUUGAUAUCAGAGAUCAUACCAUCCACGUCUCUAGCACUGCCGUUGCUUGGCAAGUAUUUACUCUUCACAAUGAUCCUAGUCGGUUUGUCGGUCGUGAUAACGAUCAUUAUUCUGAAUGUACAUUAUCGUAAACCGAGCACUCACAAAAUGGCACCUUGGGUGAGAAAAAUUUUCAUCAGAAGAUUGCCGAAGCUACUUCUGAUGAGAGUGCCCGACGAUAUUCUUAGUGAUCUUGCCGCGCACAAGAUACACGGAAGAGGAAGAUCCGGAAAGAAGAGUAAGUUCAAUGCUGCUAUCGCAGCGGCAGCGCAAUCGUCAUCAAUAAUAUCUUCGCCAGAUUCUGCCCGUCAUCAACGAAUCGAUGGUUGCAACGGUUUACACAGGACAACGGCUCAUAAUCGAUUUUUAGUCGGCAGUUUAGGAUACAAUGGGCUUCCAACAGUUAUGUCCGGUCUCGAUGAAUCAUUAAGUGAUGUAACGCCAAGAAAAAAAUAUCCUUUCGAAUUGGAGAAAGCUUUACAUAAUGUCAUGUUCAUUCAACAUCAUAUACAACGCCAGGAUGAAUUCAAUGCGGAAGAUCAAGAUUGGGGUUUCGUCGCAAUGGUUCUCGAUCGUCUUUUCUUAUGGAUCUUUACGAUAGCCUCUAUAGUUGGAACUUUUACAAUUCUAUGCGAAGCACCGGCACUUUACGACGACACAAAGCCGAUCGACACGAAAUACUCCUCAGUUGCUCAACAACAAUUCUUACCACCUGGCCAGGACUUGCUGGAAACUAUCGGAAUCGAAGUGUAACGGUGGUAUUUCAUUCGCACACCAAAGUCUACCUGUAUAUAGGACAAGUUUCAUGCUCCAAUUAAUAUCUUCCCGAAGAGCAAUCGAUUCAUAUAUACGUAGUGUAGUUUUUCGACAACUUAUAAACAAAACUUUUUUCAUUACAAACAAGAACAUAUAUACUCGAGUUUGUUCGAUAUACUGUACGCAUUAGAAACAAAAAUAAAAUCUAAAAAAUCAAAAAGUAAAGGAUAAAUCUUUUUUUUUAAUUAUAUACAAUAAAGAUAUAUUUUUUAAUACACCUAAAAUAACCUACCUACCUUAAGAUAUAAACGCAUGGCAAAUUAAACUAUAUAUAUAUAUAUGCUCGGACACACAGUCUUAACUAAAUAUAUAUAUAUUUUAUUAUACCAUACAUAUACAAAAAUUGUAUGGUAAAAUACUUAAAUAAAGAUUACAGAAUUACAAAAAGAUAUAUGUAUUAAACGUUCCUAGCUAUGUUUGCAGUAAAUAUAAACAAUGUAAGGAACAAAAUCUCAUGAAUGUUAUUAAUGCGAAACGUUAUAGUCAUGAGUUUAGGAGAGAAUGAAUGAAGAAAGAAUGUCGGAAGUGACUGAAAGAUGUGAUAUGAUUUUCGUUCUAUGUGUGAAAAUAAUAAAGUCUCAAGAAAACACGUAUGGAAUAUCGCAAUUCUCACAUAGUUAUAAUAGAUUUUCUCGGCCAUAAAAAAUGUCCAAAAGUCAGGUACAGGAAAAUGUAAAGAAAGAAAAAGCUGUCGGGUUGCAAUCAGACACUAGACUAACUAUUUCUACUUCUCCAGUAGUUCAACAAUUAUGAUACACGUUACACGAAUAUCGCGCGAUAUUUUUACAUCUUUCAGAAUAAACGAUGUAAUCUAAAGACCACGCGUAAUUCCAAUAAUCUUACAACUCCCCACAUACUUAUUCCUUAAACUUCAAAAAACAUUCGCCUAAAAUAACAUUCAAACAUAAGAUUAAUUAAUUUUUCUAUGAUUAUAACACUUUUAUUUGCCGUUGAUUGUAAUCAUUUGAUUAAUUGUAGGUAUAAACUUAGUGACAAUUGUUGAUGCGAAGAUAGCGAGAAUAAGUCUCUUAAUUAACAUUUAUUGCAUUCGACUGCUUUCAUUCGACAUUCAUAGAAUGCCAUUCGCCAAGAACAAUCUUUGAAACAUUUAGCAAGGGCUUUUCUAAUCUCGGCCGAGAGGAAAUGGAAUGGAAUCUUUAAAUAGCAAUAAAUAUUAAAAUAAGAAUUUAAAUAAAUAAGAAUUAAAAUAAAUUAAAAAUAAUAAAAAAUAUGUAUAUAUCAUUUUAUUUGUAUUAAACUGUGAGCUUGGCAAUCAAUUGCACAUCUGAAAUCCAGAAAACCAUUGAAACCAAAAAAUUGAGACUUCAUAAAAGUUACUGACAAUAAUAUAACUUUUUCCUUUAAUAUUUCAUUAAUUGAUUUUACAACCGCGGCUGGAAGAGACUUUGCAAACGGAGGAAUGACAUAUAUGUUAGGCCCCUUAGAAAAUACUGUUGUUAUUCUGGCUUCUUAAUUCGAAAUGCGAUCCUUGUAAAAGGAUAUUAAUUUGCUUAUUUUCGACCGCAGAGUUCGCACAAAAUCGCGCACGUUCGAAAAUAAAUCAAGCAAUAGAUUUCGAGCAAAAAUGGAUGCAAAUUCAUUGGUUAUAAUUCAAAAAUAUCAUGCGACGUGUCGCGUAUCGGUUUUUAUUAUGUCAAUCAAUCUUAUCUGAAUUAGAAAAUAAAUUGACCAUUCAAUUCCGCACUGUUUCGUCGUAUCAAUUAAUUAUUUUAAAAUGCGAAACUAUAGCAUGAUUUUAAUGAUAGGAAAAUGUCAUUUUACAUCAUAGAUUUGUUUAUAUAUUAAUAUUUGCAGUCUUAAUAAGUAUAUAUUAUUAGAAAUAAGUGUAUGGAAUAAUAAAAUGCCAGAUUUAUAAUAUCUUCAUUCUAUUUCAAGAUAGGAAGAAAUAAAACAAAAAAUAUAACAAAAAUAUAUUAUUGCCCUUGCAUUUAUAAUUAAAAUAAAAAAAAUAUAAAAAAAAAAAAC